AUGGAGAGAAAAGUAAGCAGAAUCUAUCUUGCUUCUGAACCCAAUAUAAUUCAUUUUCUACAAGUAUCUUGGGAGAAAACACUAGGAUCUGGUUAUGUUGUUACACUUACUGAUGGUCACUCAGUGUGGACUGGAACAGUUUCUGCAUCUGAGAUUUCCCAAGAAGCUGAUGACAUGGCAAUGGAAAAAGAGAAAUAUGUUGAUGAACUGCGAAAAGCAUUGGUGUUGGGAACAGGACCAGCUGAUGCAUACAAGUUUAAUUUUUCUAAAGAGUCUUGUCAGUUCUCCUUUGAGAAAAACCUGAAAAAUGUUUCAUUCAGACUUGGGUCUUUCAUCCUGGAGAAAGUUGAAAGCCCAGCUGAGGUCAUUAGAGAACUGCUUUGUGACUGCUUGGACACCAUUGCAGAAAACCAAGCCAAAAACCAGAACCUGCAGGAAGAAAAUGAGAGGCUUCUGAGAGAUUGGAAUGAUGUUCGGGGAAGAUUCGAAAAAUGUGUGACUGCUAAAGAAACUUUGGAGACUGAUUUGUAUGAACGAUUUAUUUUGGUGCUGAAUGAGAAGAAAGCAAAGAUCAGAAGCUUACAUAAAUUGUUAGGUGAAGUUCAAGAACUAGAAAAGAACACUGAGCAUGACAGGGAAACUGCAGUCUGUUCUCAGAUGAGUGCUGGUAAAGAUACAGUUUACGAUGAAAGUACUGAUGAGGAAAGUGAAAACCAGCCUGAGCCCUCAGUAUCAUCUCCAGGCACUUUUAGAAAAGAUGAUUCCCUUAUUUCGAGCCCUGAUGUCACUGAUAUUGCACCAAGUAGAAAAAGGAGGCAUCGAAUGCCAAAAAAUCUUGGAACAGAACCUAAAAUAGUCUCCACGGAGCCUCAGUUUCAAGAGAAGGAAAAGUAUGAGCCUUCACUCCCUCAGACAUUGAAAAAGGAACACAGCUCGGCUGAAAACAUGUCUUUAGAAACUCUAAGAAAUACCAGUUCAGAAGACCUCUUUGAUGAGAUUUAA